AUGACAAGAUUAUGGGGAAACUACUUUCGAGUUAUCAUCGUUCUUACCAGUUUUAUGUGUCUCGUAUCCGUUUGCUCAAAUUAUAUCAUUAUCAAUUUCACAUUUAUCUGCAUGAAAGAUGAUUUUACUCAGACGAGAAUUCUCAAUGGGACUGAAAAAAGUUUCUACGACUACACUCCAACUGAAAAGAAGUAUAUUUUAUGGGCAGUUGCACUUGGGACAGUUGUUGGUAUAUUCCCGAUGAAUGUUCUUUAUGUGAGGUUAGGAGCAAGAAUAGCAUUCUUCUCAGCCGGAGUUCUCUCUGCAUUCACAACGGGUUUGACACCUUGGGCAGCCAGUCAAUCUAUGUGGUUUCUAAUGGCUUUACGGUUUUUACAGGGAGUGGCCUACUCGGCUGACUUUGCCGCAAUAGGAAUAGUGAUCUCAAAAUGGGCGCCUCUCGACGAAACGGCUGUUUUUAUCGCAACACUCACUUCUUUCACCUCUAUUUCGUCCAUUAUUACCAACGGAGUGAGCGGAGUGAUUUGUGAGAGUGAUUUGGGAUGGAAGUGGAGCUUCUAUUUCCAUUCUGCUGCAUGUCUUUUUGUGUUUAUCACAUGGGCGUUGAUAUACAAAGAUGAUCCAACAUUACACAAAAGCGUCAGUGCAAAAGAGCUUGGAAAAAUUCAAAAGAACAAAUCAGAAGCUCAUAUCAACGACGAUAUGAAGAUUCCAUAUGUGAAAAUUUUCACGAGUCCAGUCGUUCUUACUGUAUGGUUGUGUGCAUUCACAGAACUUUCGACGCUGAUUCUGAUUGCCACGUAUGCACCGAUCUAUUUCAGAAGUGUGUUAGGAUUCGAUAUCAAAAUAAUUGGGUUCUACUUGGGUAUUAUGCUGGCAAUUCACCUUCCAUUCCGCUUUGUAUGCGCAUUUUUGAGUGAUAAAACAAAGCGAUUAAUUGAUUCUGCCUCUAAUCAAAAAAUCUAUUCCAGAUGCAUCUCCGAAAUGAAGAAAAUUCAUAUUUUCAACACGUUGGCAGUUGGAUUCGUUGGAAUUUCAUUUAUUGUGUUUAGUCAAAUCCCACCAGAACACAAUAUAUCAGCAGUUGUUUGCCUUGCUAUUCUCGAAUGUUUCACCAGUUUUAAUUGUGGAGGAUUCUAUAAAUGUGGAACCUUGCAUGCCAGACAAUUCUCUUCGAUUGUGAUAUCUGCGAUCCAAUUCACAAAGUGCAUUUCUCUAUUCUCUGGACCUGCCCUGGUUGCAUUUUUUGUGACAGAUGAGAAAAAUCAAGUAGAAUGGAGUUAUGUCUUCAUGACACUCGCUGGAUUUACUUUCUUGGCAAACGUGCUCUCGUUCAUCUUCUUCACCGAUCAACCAGCCAAAUGGACGGAAGACGGAGGCGUUGUGAAGUAUUCAAAGGAGAAAGAAGCCGUGAAAAUCUAG